AUGCGCACCGAAAGACCAAUACUGCGCCACAGCUCAAUGUCGGGCGGUUCUUUUAUCCAAGACCACCAACAAUACAAGCCCACGCCGCCAAUCACUCAAAACAUAACCGAUGUUCUCUUGACGGCAGGCGAAAACAACAAGAACUCACUCUUCUACAAUGCGAACCCCAUCAGCCCAGAUCCUGACAAGGUGACCGAGAGCGGGAUUGUGCAUAGCAUCUUUCCCACCUCCCCAAACCCGCUCCCAGCAGGUACUACGAAGCUUGUGGCGACCAUCUACUACAAAACGGCUACUGCUCACCAGCAUAUCAACACCAUUAAUGCCGAGCGCGGUAUUCUCCCAUCGCCAUCGGUUCCAAUUGGUUCCGCUCCAACAGUCGAUAUUGAGAAGCUGCCCCGAGAGCCGCCAGCACCAGAGCCGGAGAGCUUAGAUCAUCUCUACGGACCCUAUGUGUCGCAACUGUGUCUCACUCACUUCUUGCAGAUCCUGGAGAGCCUGCAUACUCCAUAUCAGCGUACCAACACGUCACAUCGCUGCUUAGAUCAGGAAGAUCAGCCUCGAGUUGUGGAAGUGACUGUUUCACCACUACCCAACCCGGAUUAUUUGUCGUUUGAUGACUUGCGUAAACACGAGAGCAUCUGGCGAUUUGAGCGGGAGUGGAAUGUGGAAGUGGUGUUGCAGAAAGAAAGUGUUUUCAGGCGGUACAAGCGCUUGGCGAUUUUUGACAUGGACAGCACAUUGAUUCAGAACGAGACCAUUGAUGAGAUUGCCAAAUUUGUUGGCGUGGAGAAGGAAGUUUCGGGUAUCACCGAAAGAGCAAUGAAUGGCGAACUUGAUUUCACUGCAUCCCUGAAAGAACGUGUCAGCCUACUAAAAGGUGUUCCGGCCGACGUCUUCGACAAGCUACAAAAUAUCGUCACCAUCUCUUCCGGAGCUCGCGAACUAUGCAAAGCACUCAAGGCGUUGGGAUACCAAAUCGCCGUUCUCAGCGGCGGUUUCCAGCCUUUGGCCGACUGGCUCGCCAAAGAGCUCGACAUCGAUUAUGCAUUUGCCAACCAUCUCGCCGUCGACGAGGCAACCCAGACCCUAACCGGCGAACUCGUUGAAGGCAAACCCAUCAUCGACGCUAUCCAAAAGCGCACCCUACUCCGCAAGAUCGCAGCCGACAACAACAUCCCCAUGACACAGACCAUCGCCAUCGGCGACGGAGCCAACGACCUACCCAUGCUGCACGAAGCAGAGUUGGGUGUCGCAUGGCGCGCAAAGAGUAAAGUGCAACUCGAGGCACCGUCUCGAUUGAAUGGGGAGAGCUUGACAGAUAUUUUGUAUCUGUUGGGAUUGGGAGAUGAGGAUAUCAAGGAGUUGGAAUCGACUUAUUCGUAA